AUGGAUUCAUUAGAAUCAACUGUGAAAAUAAUACCUCUUACUAGAAGAAAAGAAAAAGUUAUAAAAGGAAACACUAAAAUUUUAAGUUCUAGAAUAAAUUUUGAAGAUCCAACACCAUUAUUAUAAACAAGAACUCUACUAGCAAAUAUUAUUAUGGGAAAUCAAAACUCAUAAUCCAAUGUUUGGCCUAAACAGUGA